GAUUCGUUCGCUCUUCGCUUGUCGUUGCGACAGUGUGUUUCGUUUGUCGAUUUACGAUAACUCGAAGAGAUUGUGAUACGGGAGCGUUUUGGUCAUAUUUUGCGGUCCAAAUAUCGUCUGCCUGCCAAGGUUGCGAUAGUGUAUUGGUUUUGAGUUGUUGCUAUUUCCCCUGCACCAAUUCAUCUCUCUUUCCCUUUGCCAGAAUGAAGCAAAUGGGUGGUAAAAUUAUUAAGUUUGUGCCAGUCUUAUAAGUCAGUGGUUACUUAAUUCGUGAAAUAAUAAACAAGGUGCUGUGUAGUGAAAAUGGCCCGGCUAACCGAGGAGAUGGUGAUUGCUCGCUCGAAACAAUCGGAUUUGUCGGCGAUCAAAAAAUUGAAUUGCUGGGGAGCGGAGCUUGGCGAUGUGACUUUACUAAGGCGGAUGCCCAAUGUGGAAGUGUUAGCUCUCAGUAUAAACAAAAUUCGUACCCUAGGCGACUUCGCCGGCUGUCGGCGCUUACGCGAACUGUACGUCCGCAAGAAUGAGAUCCGAGAUCUGCACGAGAUCAGACACCUGCGCCGGCUGCCUGAUCUCACUAGUCUCUGGUUAGACGAGAACCCCUGCACACAACAUCCAGAAUACAGGAUGACAGUACUCAGAAAUCUCCCUAAUCUAGAGAAACUAGACAAUGUUCCCGUCCAUCCCGAAGAGAUACAAGAGGCCAUGCGUCGUGGUCAGCAUAUACCGGAUUCGGACGAUGAAGGUUAUCCACAACAGGAGUACGGCCAGUAUAGAAGGCAGCGGUCCUGCGACUCGAGUCCUGAGCGUGAAACAGAACCAUACUAUCCUCGCCCACCACCUCGAGCUGACCAGGGCAGCGACACGUCAGAGCCGGGGCCCGAGCCCGCGCCAGAUGUCGCGCCGCCACGACCAGACCAACAGGCGUCACCUUCAUCACCUCGACGCGCCGCUUCCCCCGAAGCUGACGAACGUUAUGAACAUCCAGCAAUGACGAGAUCUCAGUAUGACGCGCGAACGCCCCGUUCACCGGACGCCGCGCUUCGGCAUUCGCUCUCAGCGCACAGUGUGAAGGAUUACGCGUACGCAACCAACGGCGAGUGUAGAUACAUCAGCUCCCCUCCACAUCAUUAUCAAGAGUCAUAUUUCGAACGGCCAGACAGGCCUGAGUCGUAUCAGCAAGUACCACAACGCGGCAGUGUGAGCGCAGUGGGUGCGACAGAAUGGGAGCGGGAUAGGGAGAUGGCGCGAGAGCGAGACAGGGAGUACCCCUCCGCUGUGAUGGCGGAACAUCGCUGUUUCACUAGACGACCGGUCGCUAGGAAUUCGAAUCUACUAUCAGCUGUUUUAUGCCUGGUGAAAGAGUUGGAUUAUCCUAGUUUAGAAGUCGCUGAGAUGGCUGUCAGGUGUCGCAUGGACGAGCUUGCUAACAGUCAGUGACCCCGCGCCGGCGUCUCGCCGACCGAAAAUAAUCCUUAACACAACGUUACAAGACUCAAUUUCGCAUGCCAUUAUCAAUUAUUUGGUCUGAUAAAAAUACUUAUGCCACCUACGAUGUUUUCAUAAGUACAUACUAUUAGAAGUAUACUAUAAUCGAAUAAAUCAAGUGGAGCAGUGAUAACGAGUGAUGCUUUGAUGGCGGCCAUCUUGUUUACUCUGUGAAUUGAAAUGGCGAACAAUUUAGUUGUAUUUAAAUUGAUGAAUGUCGGUUUAAUAAUUUGUACGCUUCUUAUUUAGAGAAUUAAUAAGGUUUUUAUUGUAUUGGAAUAAUGACUUUCUAAUAUAAAGACACCCUGUCACCGUUUUUUAGGCGGAAAAUGUGUACCUAAAGGUGAAUUUGGACCUCAUUUUCUUUCGGAGUUUAUUACAUAAUGGCUUACUUCGGUGAUGAUAUUAUAUGUAUGAAUCUGGGUAGUCGAAGUAUAAAUAUGAUAUAUAUUAUAGCUGCAACACUAUUAGGAAGUCAUUGCGGUCAUAUUAGAAAAUAAUUAUGCUGAAAGAAGCUUACAGAUUGAAUUGAAAUACUUAACAAUACUUCUCUAAAAGGCGAGUAACUUUUAUAAAUUGGCAGUUGUAUGUGCUUUUUACAUUUUGAAGCGUUAAAGUUAUACACCUUAUAUUUAAGGACGCCUCAAACUGAACGAUCUCUGAUUUGAUCUAUAUGUUUUGUCGUAUUAUUUACAUUGAGGCUAUAUAAUCGGUAGACUAUAACUAAUUUAAUCUUUCAGAUAAGACAUGCUUUAGAGCUGCUUUUAUACAUUAUAUAAUUUAAAUGCUGCAACAUUAUAUGAAGUUACCAAUGACUAAUCUUUAAUAAAUGAGUAAUUUUUCUUCGUUUGUCCGUCAGUUAGAUAAUUGAAAAAUAUUAAACAUGUAUUUAUUUAAAUUACUUGCUUAAUCAUUAAGUUAUGGCGAUACAUUGAGAUGAAAUCUCGCAUGACGUCACGCUUUUGUACCUUUUCUACAAAACUUACGUAACGAGCCCCACCCCUCAACUUUAAUAACUAUUAUCUAGGCCAAUUUUUGUUUAAAUGGAAUAAAAAAAAAAUACGUGUCUAAUAUUUUUCUAUUAUUUGAUUGAUAGACUAAAUAGAUUUUUUUUUACCCAGUUGUCAUCCCUAUUAUCAAUAUAAUAUUCCUAUGUAAAAAGCUCUAAAACAUACUCUGAUCAAGAAGUUUAGAUAAUUAUAGUUUAUAUGCCGAAGUUGCCUUUACGGGUGUGUAUAUUAUUAAUAUAACAGUCCACCAUUUAUUUGAAAUUAUUGAAAUAAAAAGCAAUCCGUUUUUUUUUGUUAAUAACUUUUGUAUUUUUAUACGUUUACAAUAUUUUAAGAAAUUAAUUUAGUUAUUAUAUUACAUGACUUUUAUUUAAAUGAAAUCACAGGUUACUGACAUUGGCUUUAAUAAUUUAGUUUGUAGCGGAUUCGGAAUAGAUUGCUUUUAUGCAUUUUCGUUUUAUGUUUUUAUAAUCGCGGUCUAUUUAUGAUC